CAGACAGCAUAUGCCAUCUAACAAUGAUAAACGUAGUUGGCUGCUAGCAUUGACCAUUGCGACUAGAUGGCGUGCUACGUCAUCUGUCUGAAGCUACACGUAAAUGACAUUCUUGAACGUGACGCACGAACGGUGCUUCUGUGUCGCUUAUAUGUUUAUGCUCCUCUCCUAAACAGACCCGGUAAAAUGGACGAUAUAGCAUUGCGAGCAUCUGAUCAUGUUUUAGAAGUGAUAUUCUCGUAUUUAGACUUACAUACGCUGAGAAACUGUUCUUUGGUGUGUAAGCGGUGGUACCGGUUUCUUAACGACGAGAACAAUGACGUGUGGCGGAUGCAUUGUAUUAGAAAAUUGGCACAGGAGGCGCUCAGUUCCGAUUUGUUGUCGUCGGUGCCUACAUAUAAAUCGAAGCUCCGUGCGUUUUAUCAUGCCUGGAAUCCGAAUGACUGCUCGCGAAAUAUUUAUAUAAAACCUAAUGGAUUCACCCUGCACAGAAAUCCUGUAGCACAAAGUACGGAUGCAUGUAGAGGGAAAAUUGGCUUCCGACAUGGACGUCAUGCUUGGGAAGUUAUAUGGGAAGGACCAUUAGGUACUGUAGCAGUAAUAGGAAUAGCCACUAAAGAAGCACCUCUGUUAUGUCAUGGAUAUGUAGCAUUACUUGGUUCUGAUGAACAUUCCUGGGGCUGGAAUCUUGUUGAUAAUCAUUUGUUGCAUAAUGGAGAUCCACAGGGAAAUUAUCCUUUACUCAACAAUGCUCCAAAAUAUCAGGUCGGAGAGAGGAUUAGAGUAAUUUUGGAUUGUGAUGAUAAUACAUUAUCUUUUGAGAAGAACUAUGAAUUUCUGGGUGUAGCUUUUAGAGGGUUGCCAGAUAAGAGAUUAUAUCCAUCAGUAUCUGCAGUUUAUGGAAAUACGGAGGUGUCCAUGGUAUACUUAGGACCACCACUGGAUGGCUAACACAUUACACUAAAGAAAGACAUAUCCUCAAAAUGCUCAUUUGAGGCUGUACAAUGCAUUCUUAAUGCCAAGUUCUCUGCAUUAUACCGAAAUUGUCUACGUUUAAGUAGAGCGAGCACACGACAACAAAGUGUACAAUAUUCUUUACAGAAAAUGUGUGCCUGCUUGGUCGAUGAUAUUGUAAAUAAUAGGCAUUUAAUUUAGACUGAAGUUUACCAUGCAGUACACACAACGGUUUAGUUUGAUUGAACAGUUGAGUCAAGUGAUCUAUUUGAUUGAUAUAAUUGCAUGUCUUUACACAUGGAGGCUUUAAGUGAUAUUAGUUCUUAAGUAAUUCUAUGUAUAAAAAUGUUCCUGCAUAAUUUUUACUCAUUUGAUGAAUUUUUUUUCAUUGAACGAUGCCAUCUGAGUAUUGCUAUGUUACACCCAAAUUAAAUUUGGGAAUUAGUUACCUUCCACAUACAUGUAUAUAUUAGGAAUAUAUUUGCCACACUUAACACCUCCAUGCAGUAUUAUUUAUUACUAUUAUUUAAUUUUAUGGAGAUAAAACAUACGCCUUGCUUGAUGCAAAAUGAUGUUUUAAAAAAGAAUUUUACUCUAAUGGCAUAUUUGUAGACUUUUCAAUUCACUUGAUACAUAUUAAGCUCAGGACACUCCUUAUAAUUUUACAAUCUGUUACAUUUUAUUGCUAAAGAACGAACGAACUCUUCUAUUCUUCCAGAAUAUUCAUGUUCCUUUUGAUAUAUCUAUAUAAUAAUAUGUAUUGAUAUGUCGUGAAUAUGAGAUAUAUUGGUACCAAAAGUAAAAAUGAUAAAAUUUUUCUCGUUUUUCCGUAAUGCUUCAUGUAUGGUUUCCUUAUCUUUUGUCCAGAUAUGUAUAGAAAACUAAUAUAGAUUUUUUACAGUUAAUUAUUUUCUUUGUAUUAUAAUAAUCAAACUAAAAAUAGCUUUCAGAAGCAAUUCAUAUAGUAUACAGGGUGUCCCACUUAAAGUGUUCAUUGAGUAUAGCUACAUUAUUUUUUGUACAAGAACAAAUUGCGAAAAUAGUAUUAUAAUAUGAUGAAAUCAAAGAAUGAACGAGUUCUGCAAGGCCUCAUUUAACAGGCAUACUAAAACCACUGAAAAUUAUUCGUCCUAAAGAAAAAAAUAGAUAUUAGUUUUC